AGACGAAACAGCUUCCUCGCAGCGGAAUCGCGUACAGCUUGACAUUCACAUUCGGUUAGUUCGAAAACACACAGUUCAACAAAAUGCAAACGAUAAACACAGGACGCUCCCUGAUGGGGCUAAUGGUGGUGUUGCUAGUGACGCUACCCUACACGACAGUAGCCCGAAGCUUCGAAAAGCAGACACUCCGCAAGGGCAAAUCCGCACAGAUCAUGGCAUCGGCCCCCACGAUCACAACCCCGCUGAUGGAUCUCUGUUCCGAGGACAUCAACAUGAAGCUGGCGUGUCACUGCUCGCCCGAAAGUCACGCCAAAGCGCAGAAGGCAUCCUGUUCAAUAUUCGACGGUGAGUUGCCGCGGAAGGACUACAAUUGGCUCGCGUUCCACACGCAAACGGAUUUGGAGCACCUAAAGUUUACCGUGCGCAAAUCCGGUAACCUCACCUACAUCCCGUCGGACGUGAUCGCUACGCUGCUGAAGCUGCGCACACUUACGAUCGAGUACGGCAUCAUCGCCGACAUCUACCCGUUCGCGUUCGGCAACCUGACCGAGCUGCGCGUUAUCAACUUGCCGAACAAUCAGAUCGUAACGCUGCACGCUAACGCUUUCGCGCACCAUCGAUCUCUCGAGGAGCUGAUGCUGGAAAAUAACUACAUCAAGAAGAUCGACCGCGACGCGUUCGUCGACGUGCCGAAGUUGAUCAAGCUGAACCUGGCCAACAAUAGCAUUGUGAACCUGCACGACAAUGGGUUCGAGGAGCUGACCAAGCUGGAGGAGCUGCGGCUAGAGUCGAACCAGAUUACGGUGUUGGCGCGCGAGUACUUCAAGGGACUGGAGAACCUGAAGAUCCUGAAGCUGUCGCACAACGACGUCGAGUACCUCGGAGCGUUCGUGUUUGCUGAUCUGUGGAGUCUGCAGAUGCUGUUCCUCGAUAGUAACCGAAUUGAGAAAAUCGACGAGCGUGCCUUCGACGGUCUGACAAGCCUGAACUAUCUCCAUCUGGAGAACAACCGCAUCACCACGUUCGACGUAGCCACCUUCACCAGCGUGUCGGCGCUUCUGCUGCUCAACCUGGACUCGAACCGCCUGACAACCAUGACGUACGGUCACAUCGUCCCGCUGAUGGACAAUCUGGUCAACAGCAGUGCCCUGCUGUCACUACGAGACAACCGCUUCAUCUGUGAUUGCCGCCUGGCGUGGAUGUACGACGUGAGCGAUCGGACGCGCAACGAGGAACUGCGGGAAAGCCUCAAAACUAUCGAGUGCAUCCUUGGCCAACCGUCGGAGGAUACGACACCGUCGCCGCAGCUCGGUUCGUACGAUCAGCUGGACGAGGACGGUGACUACAUCGAAGAUUCGGCCAGCGAGAACGACGCCCUGGCGAAGGAAGCACCGCAGACGAUGAACGUGCUAAAGUUGGGCCGCAACGAGCUGCCCUGCCCGGAGGAGUUGGCCGGCCCGACCGGUGACCCGAACCCGCGCGAAUCGAAGGGCCUGUUCAACCUGUCCUGGAACAGUUCGGCCGCCGGCGACCGGUACGGCAGCAGUAGCAGCGGAAGAGUGCUGCUGGCGAUAGCGACCCUGCUGGCCACCGCCGGACUCUGUCGGUCACUUAGCUGCUAAGUUAGAUGCGGUAAAUUAUUUUUACUUUCCGUAGUGAGUCGAUUUUCGGGCACGCAGUUUCCCCUUCAGAAGCUCUUACGGGUGGCCGUACCUUCUUUUCGUGCCGGUUUUUAGUACGUCUCUCUCCUUCUCCUUUCCGAAAGCGUGCACCAGAAACCACCAUUACGCUAUACACCGACAAGGACACACACACACACAAACACACACAACCCUUACGUACGUGAAUGUAUCAUAUAGAGAAAGGUGGAGAGGACAUUUUGCCAACCUAUUUCGUAGCGAUUAGCGAACACGAUAAGAUAGAAAAAUAAACACACCUUCACACAGAACCACACAAUCACAUCAAACUAGUGAUCGAUCAUCAUCAUCAUCAUCAGAGUCAGCAUGUUGUGGUGCCGACGGUGGGCAAGGGGGUCCUUUUUAUUCGGACAACUUGACCCCGACACAGGACACAACCCGUAGCUUUGGGAACCGGGGGAACCGGAGAACAAACAUCAUCAUUUUCACCCAAAACCCAUAGCCUUAGCGGCGCCAUUUCGGUAGGAAAGCAAGAAGGGAUGAAAAAUGUGCUAAUGAAAUCGAUUUUAUCAGCGAAUCAGAAAGCGACGCGGUACAAUCGGAGCCCACAAUUUCGCAAAGUCCACGUUCGCUAGUGGACUUUAAACGAAAUCUAAUUGAUCCGGUCCCGAGUCGAGGGUCCCGAAAUGGGGAGGUGAAUUUAGCGCGACCUGUUACGCGACCGUGAACAGGCAUAUGCAGUGCGGGGAAGGUGGCGUGCAGAACGGGACGUUUGAGAGAAAUUUCUUCAUUUUUUUUUCUUUUUGAUAACAGAAACAAAAAUUCAAAGAGUAUAAAAAUAGUCUGUAAGCUAGAGAGAAAAUACUUGAAGGUGUACCCUUUGCAACUGAUACUAAGUAAGGAUAGAAGUGGACAAAGAAAAGAAAAACCGCAUAGAACUGAGAAGGUGAACCGAUGGAUGGAGGAAAAAACCUAACAAAACUAAAAGACAGUCAGCCCACACACACACUCACACAAUCUGCAGCAGUAAACUCAAAAAUGUUGCUCACUGUACGCGAGAAGAGAAAAACAACCCGAUAGAGAACAGCAUUUAAAACCGCAUUUAAGAAGCAGUGAUUGCCGAAAAAGGGUACCAAAAAAACAAUUUCACACGAACGAAAGUGAAGCAAAAAAACGGAUACCGGAAAGUGACCGCAAUGUGAAUAAGCUAAAGUGAAAGUGAAACAUAGAAAUAAAUUUGAAA